UAUUUACGAACUAACAACGACUGAGCUACUCUCAGAAAAAUAAAGAAAUCCCAAAAAAUCAUCAUGAAAUUCGCAAUUAUCUUACUCGUUGCCAGCAUCGCCUACGUCAGUGCUCAGGCCCAGCCUCUUGGUGGCAGCGGCAUAAGCCCAUUCGCAGCUGCCAAUCCCUAUGCUGCUGCAUUUAAUCCCUUUUUGAAUGGAGUUUUCGGUGGCGGAGCAGGAGCAGCUGGCGGUGCAGCAGCAGCACCAGCUCCCAGUUUUGGUUUCGGUGGCGCAUCUGUCUCAACAUUUUUCCAAUCCGUCGUACUGCAGCGUGAGGCCGAACGUCUACUCAGCCAGCCAAAUUUCCCAAGCGAUCUGGCAGAUCAAGUCCUUGAAGUGGUUGCCUCUUCCGAAGAAUCUAUUGCCAAUUGCGGCAAUGUCGCAUUGCCUUGGCUGCAGAUCCGUUGCGUCAAGCCCUUGCUGAAUACGGCAAAGAAUCAGUUCAAGGUUAUCGACGAUGAGUUUAAGGCACGCCAGACUGCCGCCGCCUCCUCCCCCGCAGCUUAGACCGGAACGGAAUCUUGAUGUUUGAUUACUAAUAUUUUAUAUCCUUUGAAAUGGGCCAAAGACCAACAUAGAUGCAAUAAAUAAAUUUAAUAAACUCUAUCAAACGCAA